CCCUGGGUAUUUUUGCUAUAUUUGGAUAUUGCGCCGCUUGAUCGGUGAUGGAUGCCUGCGCCUUUUCAUCAUUUAUCUUCGAGUGCAGCGGGCUAAUGGAACUGCAAUGCGUUCCAGGAACUGGAGCGGAACGAUGACGAUGAGGACGACGAUGGUCAUGAUGACGCUGCACCCGGGCAGACAGUUUGGGUAAUUUCGGGUGGAGUAAUUAAGUAAAGUAAAUUAAGCCCCAAAUUAAAAGCCAUCAAAUGUUACGCAAAAUUACACUUUCACAGCGAUUACUCAUUUAUAAAAGCCACUGACUUGCAGAUUGGAUUACCUCUGGCAUUGCGAAUAAUGUUCAGCCAACAACUAAAUGUAUUUUUUCUGCUCCUCCUGAUCGCUUGGGUUGUGGGCAGAACCACUUCACCCGAUUUGGAUGAGGACUGCGAACUUAAUGCUGUCGAUACAAUGCAUGAUUUUUGCUGCGACCUGCAUGACGAGAGUCCGCAGUUCAGCGACUGUCAGAUGGAAUGGCACGAGAAGAUCCCCUACGAGACGGACGAAGAGGAGCAGAUCUACAUGUUUUGCACCGCAGAGUGCAGUUUCAACAACACAGAGUUUGUGGGCAAGGAUCGCCGUUCGCUGAAUCUUAUCCAGGUAAAGGAGCACUUGGAAAGCGAUCUGGUUAAUGAUGCGGAUGUGGCGCUCCUCUAUGACACCUACAUCAAGUGCGACAAACAUGGUGCGUUCAAGUUUCAAGAGAUUCUUAUAAAGCGAACCUUAAACCAAGUAACUUUUCCAGCGCUUUCGCUAAUGCCGCACAAGGGAGUCAAGCAGUUGGCCAGACGCCUCUCUCACCACGGCUGUCAUCCGUACCCGGGUUUGGUGCUCGAGUGCGUGGCCAACGAGAUGAUCCUCCACUGUCCCGCCAAGCGAUUCCAUCAGACAGCCCAGUGCGAAGAGACUCGCAAUCAUUUGAAGCAAUGCAUGCAGUACCUGAAGUACAAGUCCUAAAGUUGCAUUAAACACACAGCGCUUGCAGCUUACACGUUUAUUGUCCUGUGCUAUAACUUAACUAUGACUA